GCUGCGUUCCUGUUAUCUCCGGACCGAUGGAGCUGUGAGGGAAUCAUGGCUGCUGCUCUGGGUCGCUGGUCGAGGGUCUUUUACGUGUUUCUACGUCUAUAUCCCUGUUGUAUCUUUGGCUUUUUGAACAUAGAGGAGUUAAAUGAAAUGAAAUACGGCAUCCAGAUCCUCCCCGAUCCGGUUGUCCUGGGACAGACCCAGCCCGAUGAGGUGAUGAUGGUCUCCAACAAGUUCAAGCAGCUGUACGAGUGUCGCCUCCCGGCCCAGGCGCUUCGCUUCCACCAGGAUCCGGCGUCCGAGUCGGAGCCGCCGAGCUACACCGGCCCCGGGGUCACUGAGCUGCUGGAGCCAAUGCACCAGGCCCCCUGCCUGGUCAAGACAAAGGACUGGUGGACCUACGAGUUCUGUCAUGGAAAGUUCAUCAGACAAUACCAUCUGGAAGACACAGAGAUCAAAGGGGACAUCCUGUUCCUGGGGACCUACGAGUCUGAGUUUGAUUGGAGCAAUGAAACUGCGAAGGCCUCCAAGCAGCACCGUCUGCGGCGCUACCACAGCCAGACCUACGUCAACGGCUCCCGCUGCGACCUGAACGCAGCCCCGCGGGAGACGGAAGUCCGGUUCGUGUGCGAGGAGGCCGCCGGGGACUACAUCGCCCGCGUGGACGAGCCCCAGUCCUGCCGCUACGUGCUGACCGUCCACACCAGCCGCACCUGCCAGCACCCCUUCCUGAUGCCGCCUUCCAGCGCCCGGCCCCAGGGCAUCGUGUGCCAGCCCGCCCUGAGCGCCCAGCAGUACAUGAGCUACGUCAAGGCCCAAGUCUCGGACACCAAGAGGAAGGUGGAGCAGAUCUCGGAGGAGCUGCGGACCCUGGACGAGAUGCUGGCGGGCAGCGUGGGACGGGAGUUGGCCGAGACGCUGGCCCCCCAGGAGACCCUCGCGCCCCCGGAGGAGCAGGACCCCACGGAGGUCGACGGACAAGGUCUGACUGAGGACGGGGGGCCAGAAGAACAAGAGGAUCCUGAGUCCAAGGAGGGCGGGACCAGACCAGGAGGUUCAAAACAAGCGGCCUCACAUCCGACCUUAAAGGUAGCAGGUGAAGACGAUGACGAUUCCCUGUCAAACAACGAAGUCUUGGAGGAAGACGAAGACUAUGAAAAAUUCAACUUCAAGAUAAUCACGGACCCCGCUGACCUCAUGCAGUUUGUGCAGCACCUCAAAGAAAGCAACAGAAAGAAAGCGAGGAACCAGGCCCGGAGUGAGGCGGAGCAGCGGGUGGCUGACGGGGCCAAGGAUCGCCACGACGACCAGGAGAAGGAUGAUGAGGAGGAGGAGGAGGAGGAGGUGGAGGAGGAGAGCCUCCUGAAGGAGUUUGAGGAGGAGACGGCCGGCCUCAUGGUGCCCUCGGAGCAGAUCCAGGAGAUCAAGGAGGAGAUGCAGAAGGAGUUCCACAACAUCAUCGACGAGGCCCAGCAGGAGCUGGAGACGGAGGGGCUGAAGGGAGAGUUCGACCGCUCCCAGGCCACGCAGACCCUGGAGACCACCCUGGACAAGCUCCUGGACCGGCUCGAAGACAAGGACGCCCCGGUCCCGGAGCAGCCGCUGGCCGGCGGUCAGAGGGGCAGCGACCCGGCCAGGGGCAGCCCCAGCCUCGCCCCCCAGCAGCCAGACCAAGCGGCAGACGACCAGGUGAAGAUCAAGAUCACCAAGUACAAGACGGGCAGCACACCGGGCGGGCAGGUCAAAGUUCAGGAGAUGGGAGAAGGGGACCCCCAGUGGCAGCACAUCAAGGACGUGGUGAAGGAGCAGCUGGAGAAGGCUGGACUGAAGGCUGAAGGGAAAAUCGAGGUGAAGAUCUUGACGCGAAAGAAUGCAGAGCAGGCUGGGGACCAGUGGCUGACAGAGGAGGACACAAAGUCCUUCAGAGAGCUUCUCAUCAACCUGCUGACCGGGGGGACAGAGGAGGUGUAUAAGGAGCAGAAGAGGCAGCAGGAUUUGGAGGACAACUACAGGUUUGCGUGGGGGCAGUCCCAGGAGGAGGCCCAGACCUCCGGCCCCUCGGACCCGGACGACGUGGACCUCUGAGCGCUGACAUUAUUCACCUUUUGUGACGGUGAACCAAAGCUCCUGUGGAGACUGCGAGCAGAUUGUCUCGGAAAGAACUUUAAAUGGACAACUCUCUGCUGUUUAACUGUUGCUAUUAAACCUCCCAGGCAUAGCAACGCACAACAUGCUGAACCAUGUCUUGUCUUCAUGGGGUCGAGAUGCACAUUGCACAACGAGUGCCUCUCACAGAGUGGGCGAGUUAAUUGUAACCGGUAGCUAAUUGACGGGCAAAAUAUGUGUGUGUGUGAAAUGUAGCUUUUAGACAUGCUUCAGUUCAAUGUUUUAACAACUUUAAAGGGGCAGUGUGUAGGAUAUAGUGGCAUCUAGUGGUGAGGUUGCAGAUUGCAACCGACUGAUUCACCCGUCCCUCUCCGAGGACGUAGGAGACAUACGUUGGCCUGUUAGGUGCCUGUAGGUCCAUGUCCACAGCCGUAGGUCUGUUCUGGGCAACACGGCGGCUCUGUGGAAGAGGACCCUCCCCUAUUUAGAUGGAAGGGUUUCUUGGCAACGCUCAUUAUUUUCAUGGGAUUAUGCACUAAUUAAAACAUAAUUAAGAAUAUUAUAUUCCAUUUCUGCCGAGUCUGUUUCUCUGGAUGCCACUAGAGUCUACACACUGCUCCUUUAAUGUGGGUGUAGCGCGCAUGAAGGUGGAGGGCCCCAUGUGUCUGAGGGGCCACCUGGAGUGGAAGGAGAUGUUUAGUGACUCAGUAGCUCAGUGCCGCCUUUAUGAACGACCUUCCUCCGUGACACAGCCUCAGCGUCGCCGGGACCUGGGAGCAGGAGGUGCAUACAAAAUACCAUUCUUGUUGAUACUUUUUUUUUUUUUUUUUACUUUUGGAUACUUUCUUAUUUGCUAGGUGUACAAAUAUAUAAAUCACAAUACAAUUUUGAUGUUGAUUGUAAAAAAUGUGGCUAAGGCACUUUUUAAUUGAAAUUUUCUCAAACCCGGUUCUAUUGUCUGUGAUUGGUCGUGGGAUAACGAAUACAGGAAGUGUACAUGAUGUGACAGUAAUGAUGUGCUGUUGGGCGUACCAUGAAGAGGUCCAUAAGAGCUGUUCAGGGAUCCAUCCAAUGGGCUGCCUCGAUAUUAAGCGCUGUAGAUCUUUGAAUUGGCUUUUUGCAUUGUAUAUUAGCACACCAUGCUAAUACGUUUAAAUAAAUACGAAUAAAGCUGCGAUUUAAGAA